CUUAUUCUACAUAAACUGGAUAUGGAGACUACAAAAAAGUAUGAACUGUCAGACUGGAUGAAAACUCACAUGAACAGUUCAUUUUCAGAUGAAUUAGGCUGCAUCACAGAUGCAACUGAUGAGGAACAAGAUGGCUUACCUUACGAUGAAGACGUAGGAAUAACCUGUAAAUACAAUAAUUCAGAUAAUUUGAACAACUGUAUUUGUAGAAAAGCUAUUUCUGGUAUUUUAAACUUAGCCUGUUCUGAAGAUAACGUAAAAGCAACAGCAAAUUAUGAAACUCAUCCACAGCCUGAAGAAUUCCUCGGUCACUUUAGAGGUGCCAUAGGAUUAACAGCAGUUUCAGUUGAAAGGCCUGGAAGAGAAGCCUCCUUUAAGGAGGAAUUACGUGUUGGUGGUUUUAGUGAACCAGAUAGCAAAGAACAUCCACCUAACUCAAAAAUGUCCAAUGUCUUUCUGCGUCAUUUUUCUAAGGGAGAGUUAAUAAGCACACACCAGUUAAUUGAAUACGAGACAAUACCAGAGACCUCCAUUACUGAAAGUAUCAAUGACACAGUGAACAAACCUGAGCCUUCAGAACACGACCAAGGCCCUGCAGCGCAUGAACAACGGGCAGCCAGCUUUGAAGAGGACCACUCAGACAUGCAGGAGGAAGUAAACACUAGUGAUAAAAAUCAAAAUUCUCUAAAUGAAAAUAGAUGCAUCUCAAAGAAACCUAUUUCUUCUACUGGUAAGUGUGUGGGCAGACAAGACAAUUCACAAUUGAUCUAUGAGAAUGAAGAUACACACAUCUUUCAAAACAUGAAAGAAGAGAAAGACCUGUUUAAGAAAACGGUUUCACCUCAUGAGCUCAAAUAUGACCAAGGUCAAGCUCACUAUUGCCUUGCUGACUUCUCCAAAGCUGCUUCAGAAGUUAAAGUACCAAAAAGAUGUGACAAUAUUAACUCAGUUCCUACAACUGAACAACCAAAAUCCUUCCCUAUUUUGCUAAGUAAAUCACUAAAUGUGAACAACAUUCUAGAGAAUAACUACUUCAAUUCUGCUCACAUAGAGAAUCAAGAAGAAAUUAGUCCAGAACUGCUGCAACAGCUGGAGGUACUUCCUCAAUUACAUUUUUCACAUGGCAGCAUUGACAUUAACUCAGGAGACACUGGGACAUCCUCUGAAGUCUUUGCAUUACAUGCUCCUAUCCUUCCACAAUCUACAUAUGGACUACAGUGUGGAUCAACAGUAUCAGCAUUACCAGUAGAAGCACACUGUCUAAAUCCUUCCAAUUUACUGCCAGAGCUCACACUAGGAGAAAAGAUGUCCCAGAUGCUGAAGGAUCAGACAGAUGAACUGAUAAAGGAAGUGGAAGACUUCUCUAAGCAUAUGACCCAAGAGACAUUCCUUUUACAAGACAACUAUCCGGCAUUAGAUCAAUUGAAAAGAUACCGUGAUGCCUUGGAAAGGAAUUACUUAACAGCUAGAGAACAGCACCGUCGUUUACAGCUGCAGAACUACAAGGACAAGUCUAUCAACGUUGGAGAGUUUGAUCCUGAAAGAAAGGUGGAAGGGGAAAUAUUUAGACUUGGCAUGCUGCUGGAUGACAUCCAAGAACAAACCGAUGACAGCAAAUCCAACUUGUCAUCUUUGAUUACUUCCUAUGAAUCUGCCCAUUCAUCAUAUUCUCUUUGUGAGAGCUCAGAAGUUUCAAGCCCUGCUGAUCCUGCAGAAGGAAGAGGUAUUGGAACUGCAUUUGUUCACAAGAAGAAGGAAGAAACAAGUCAGACAACUGAUGUAAUCCCACAGACAAAUCAGCUGUCUUUAAAAAGUGACAAGUGCAAUAUUUGUCUCUACAUGUUACAAAAGAGAGCUGAAUCAACUCCCAGAAGACAAAUGGAACCUCUAGGAAAAGGAAGACUGCUAGCAAACAAGCAUUCAUUCAAGAGAUUCCAUUCACCUGAAGAAAAAUAUGCUGCUGAAGGUCUUGCAUCCCAUUGUCAGUGUAGAUUACAUCAAAAAUGUAAUGCUGAUCAAGAAAGUAUGAAAGGAAAUACAAGCAUCCAGGAAAAGAAAACAGCAACAUGUUCACUCUUCAUUCAGAGAAAACCAACUGAUUUAUCAGAUACUAACCUGAGCAGUGAUUCAGAAGACAUCUCAGCCUAUGAUUCUUGUAAGAAUUCACAAAGCGAGGAACUUGGCAACUGUGAAAGUUACAGAAUAUUAAAUACAAGAAUAUGUGGAGAGAGAAAAGCUUAUUCACAGAAGAGAAAAUCCACUCAGAAGGCUCAAAAAAGUAAACAGCCAAGUGAACUUGUAAACAGACUUUCUGAAAGGCAAAACUUGGAGACUGCCAAAACCUGCUAUUCAAACACGUAUGAUAAAAUUAUCCUUGCACAUCAAUACUUACCCAGCAAGAAGUCUGCCCAAAGCAAGUCCACAAUCAACAUCAGAAACAGAAAUGCAGAUUAUUCCAAUGCAAAUAUGUUAAGUUCUACUCUGGAUCACGCCAUACAGACAGCAAACAGUUUGAAGAAAGCUACAGAACGAAUGAAAUCCUUCUACACCACAAGAACAGAUAAGACUUUUUGUUAUCCUGGAUCACCAUCUGAACCUGCUGUUCUGGGACUGACAGCGAAAGCCUAAGAACGAACAUAUUUAUGACAACAAGUAUGUAGUGAUAUUUCCUCAGAAUAUUCUCUAGUAAACGGAAAGCUCAGUCUUUUCAAAUAAGCAGUAAUACAUUUAUAUUUACUAGCCCUAUAAAGAUUUUUUUCUCACGUAUGUCUAGGUUUCCCACACAUACAGACAAUUUAAAACACAUCGUUACCACCC